AUGUGGGAGCCCCCCUCUGAGCACCAUGCGCCCCUCCACCGGCCCCACCCGCCCCAGACGCGCCCCUCCCACGUGAGCGCUCCCCAGGCCAAGCGCAUCACCUUCUACAAGAGCGGAGACAGCCAGUUCUCGGGGGUCAAGAUGGCCGUGCACAAACGCAGCUUCAAAUGCUUCGACGCUCUCCUGGAUGAUCUUUCCCAAAAGGUGCCGUUGCCGUUCGGCGUGCGCACCGUGACCACGCCGCGCGGGACUCACACCAUUCGACAGUUGGAGCAGCUCCAAGAUGGCGGCUGCUACCUCUGCUCCGACAGACGCCAGGUCAAACCCAUCCACACAGACCUGGCGCCCCGACAAGGAGGCUCCCGUCACGGGCCUAACCGCCUGGAGUCCGCCUCAGAGUCUCCCACGGGACACGCGCCGUACAGACAACGGCGCCUCCUGCUGGUGAAGAACACGGAGCCGGGCGUUCGCAGGAGCGUGGUUCUGAGCCGGAGAGUGACCCGCAGUCUCAGCGCGUUCUUGGAGGAAGUGUCCGACGUCAUGCGCUUUCACGUGCGCAAGUUGUACACCGUGGAGGGCCGCAAGAUUGACAACGUCCAGAGCCUGAUGACGUGCCCUAAUGUCCUGGUGUGUGUGGGGCGGGAGUCCUUCAGUCCGCUGCUGGUGAACUACAUCCAGAAAGGUUCAGAGGAGAAACUGCCGGGUGUGGGUCCUGCUCAAUCUCCCCCCUGCGGAGCGCAUUCCAGAACCAGCCAACAGAGCGAGAGCCAGGACAGCAAGAAGAAUAUGGUAAACUUUGGCCUUGAAACCAAGAAAAGCAUCAUCCACCCUCGCUCGGACUCUUCAGCUCGCUCUGCUCGUCUCUCGAUGUCGUCAGAGAAAUCCAACGGCCUCAGCACCGUGUCCCAGGGCCGCGCCGCCAUCAUGAACGAGGACAUAGAGAAACGCGUGGUCGUCAACAAGGACGGCAGCCUGUCUGUGGAGAUGAGGGUGCGAUUCCGUCUCCAAAGCGACGAAACCUUGCAAUGGUCCACCCAGAUCAAGAAGUCGCCAUCUCUGACCAACGAUUCGUGCUCGCUCAAUCAUGGCCAACCACAUUAUCUGCAACAUGAAAGUUGUUCUGAUCAGGACUGCAAUUCGUACGAACCCGAAACUGGUGACUACUCCUCUCAAUGUGGAAUGGAUACAAACGGUUGCACCUAUUGCUGCAGGCGAGAACAACCUUACGACUUGUGGAAAAACCCAGCGCAUUGCCACAAACAGCCAUGCCCUCCUUCCCGAUCGACCACCGAAAGCCGCACCAUUCUAAGGCACACCCAGUCCUCUAGCUCAAACUCAUCAUGCAACUCAACUAGAGUAGUACGCUGCCGGGCGAGACUGGUCAACUGUGAGGACGGGUCUGAACACAGCCAGAUUGUCCAGGAAGAAAUGUGUGUCACGGAGAAGCAUGUGGUUGAACAGGAAGUUAUCACGACCAGCAAUGUCGAUGGUGACGCCCCUCGACCUUCAAGCUCCAAAUCCGUGGAGGAGGAAGUGGAACGUCCCAUGUCGGCUGUUAGCGCCUCGUCACGUGUUUUGCAAGAACUCAAAGAAGAUGACGACGACGUGCCGCCAAGUGCUUCCAGAUGUGGAGGCGCUGUGUCUGAGACCUCUGAGAAUAAUGACAAACCAAUGAGAGGUUCUUCAGCAAAACAAAAUGGCAGGACUCGGGAGAACGAAGGAGCUCCCAAGGGCCAAACAUGCAGCGAAAGUCUUAUAUCUCCUUCACUCUCUGCUGCGGACGUCGCCAAAGAAAUAAAAUCUGCUGAACUUCCAGAACGCUCAAAGUCAAAGGUGAGCAGAUCCGGCAACAAGAGUCAAAGAAGCAAGAAGGAGGCGGAGCCAGAGCUGACCCCGUCCUGUCUGCCCAAUGCGUCCGCUAACGAGGUUGUCACCGACUGGCUGAGCCGCAUUCCCGCCAACGUCUCAGCUCUUGAAGAUGACGAGGAAGAGAAGGGUGUAGAAGAUAUUGAGAAUGAGAUGAGUGAAGGGAAGGUGAAGUGUGACGGGGAUGAGGAGAAGGUAGAGCAGAGCGAGACAAGGAAGGAAGGAACAAAGAAGGAAGAAGGAGCGGUAGAAACGUUUGAGAUUCGGCCGAUCGGGAUGGAGACCGAGAACUCACUGCCCAAGAGCUGGCACUCGUCUGCGGCGGUGAUGAAGGUCCUGCUCAGCUCGUCUCUGGGGAGAUGCCGGAGCAUGCCUGAGGUGUCUCCGGUUUACGGUCGCCGCCUCAGCACCUCAGCUAAAGAGUUAUUGGACUGUCUGACCCAGCUCCAGCUCAUCGAAUCAACAGGGAACCACUACUCUGUCCAGAAGGACCAACACCCGCAGUUCCAGGACAUCAUUUCCAUCCUGCAAUCCCUUUGGCAGGCCGAACCUGGGGACCUCAAAGACCACAAAGACCCCAACGGGACCGAGCGGGUCUCCCCACCUCGGUCUUCGUCUGGGGUGGGCAUGAGCAGCGGGUCUGGAGGGUCUGCCAAGGAAAACACCCACCAAGAAUAUGAAUCAAAACAGAAUAAGGCGGUGAAAAACAAAAUGGAGGACACUUCGGAAACUCCCGAUGGGGCAAAAGCAACAGAAAACCCUUCGUCUAUGGAUAAAAAUGUCAAGACUCCGACCGAUACUGAGCUGGACACACAAGAAGGUUCUAAGUCUGAGAGCUCGCCCACGGACGCUCACGCUCAUCUGUCCAAACGCCAAUCACACGACCCAGACCCCAUGUGGGUGUUGAGUCUGCUCAGGAAGCUGGAAAAGCAGUUCGUGAACCAUUACGUGUCCGCCAUGGCCGAUUUCAAAGUGAAGUGGGACCUGGAGGACAGUUUGAUCCUGGAUAAGAUGAUGGCCGAGCUGCAGGACGAGGUGAGCCAGAGGAUUGAGAGAAGUGUGGAGAGGGAGGUGAAGAAGAUCCAGAGCAGGGCGGGAAAAAUAGCAAGAUUCUCGCGACUGAUCCCAGACCACUCCACGGACUCCACCACGACGGACAAACGCAAGCGGCUGCUCAAGGUCAUUAAAAAGCAUUCGGCCAAAACCGCAGAUUCUUUGAGCGAUGACAACGGAGAGAAUAGCGACCAACGCAGCGAUGACGAAUACUGCCCCUGCGACGCCUGCUUCGCAAAGAAAAUGGCCGCCCGUCCCGUGAAAACCAACCCGAACGCCAUCAAGGCCCCGGUGCAGAUGGAGUUCGAUCUGGUCAAAAUCCUAAUGUUAAAGUCUUCUCCCGUCGCAGCAAAACCACCUCCGGCUUCGCCCAAGGCUGAGGUUAAAAACGAGGAGGUUAAGAAAGUUGUGGAGGAGGAAGUGAGGAACUUAGAAGUAGUAGAAGAAGAAGAGGAAGAGGAGGAAGAGGAGGAAGAGGAGAAUACUGUGGAAGAGUCCAAGUGUUGUAGUGAGUGCAGCAGCGAUCAGGACGAAGAAGAAACCGGAGACAGCGACAGAGAAACGGUGAGAGAGAAAGUGUCGCACAAAGAGACGAUAGAAGCAGUGGAAGAGAGUGAAGAGGCGUCCGAGGAACAGCAGAGCGGAGCAGCCGUGAGCGCCACUGAAGCUGACGACGCCGAUGUGGAGGACUCAGGGACAGAAGACAAGUCAGAUCUGGAGGAGGAGAACAAGCAACACAGCCCUCUGCCGCACCAGGGCACUAGGACCUCAGUGGAGCCCCAGCCUGGAUCCAUGGAGGACUUAACCCAAGCCUCCGGGACCAAGACCAUGGACCUCCCCAGACUGGCUUCUCCCGGCGGGACUCCCCAGAAGAGGAGCAGGUCCCCGGCCAGAGUCAAGCGCAGAAAAGGCCAGAACAGCGACGGCGACUUGGACAAUGUUUAG